AUGGAGGAAGAGGAGGCGUCCUGGCAGUCGGUGCCCAGAGGAGAGGAGCGGCCGCCAUGUUAACCAAGAAGCCCGGAGCCUCGGUCCUUCCGACGGGCAAAGCGGGCGAGCCGGUCUACUCUCCCGGUCACAGCGGCUCUCAGACAGCGUCGCCCAUUGCCCUGCCGCCGCUUCGAAACAACAACCACAACCCCCUGACGGGAGGCUCUAAAGCCACCAUGUCGGACGCCGUCCAGUUAUCGUCGCAGUCGCAGGUCCACAUCACCCAGCUGUACGAGGAGAACACCAACAAGCGUCCGGUCCUGACCUCCCAGCCCAACGGCCUGGCUCCACUCAGCUCCAGCCGGCCGGGCCUGCCGCUGCCUGACCGGCAGUCCUCGGCCUCAGAGCCCAGCCACCACUGCCGCCAGGGCAGCGCCACCUCCAACAAGUCGACGGACAGCAAACCAAAGCCCAACCCCAUGUCCCCGGACCAGGCCAUGAAGCAGUUCAUGUCCAAAAUGUCCUCGUUUGAACACCACGAAGUUUUCAACUACCCCGAAGUGUAUUUUGUUGGUCCAAAUGCUAAGAAGAGGUCAGGGGUCUUGGGCGGAGCCAACAACGGUGGCUACGAUGAUGAUCAGGGAUCCUACAUCCACGUCCCACAUGACCACAUCGCCUACCGCUACGAAGUCCUGAAGGUCAUCGGCAAGGGCAGCUUUGGACAGGUGGUGAAGGCGUUUGACCACAAGUCGCAGACCCACGUGGCUCUGAAGAUGGUCCGCAACGAGAAGCGCUUCCACCGGCAGGCUGCGGAGGAGAUCCGCAUCCUGGAGCACCUGAGGAAGCAGGACAAGGACUCGAGCAUGAACGUCAUCCACAUGCUGGAGAACUUCACCUUUCGAAACCACAUCUGCAUGACCUUCGAGCUGCUCAGCAUGAACCUGUACGAGCUCAUCAAGAAGAACAAGUUCCAGGGCUUCAGCCUCCCGCUGGUCAGGAAGUUUGCCCACUCAAUCCUGCAGUGUCUGGACUCGCUGCACAAGAACCGCAUCAUCCACUGCGACCUCAAGCCCGAGAACAUUUUACUCAAGCAGCAGGGACGCAGCGGAAUCAAGGUCAUAGAUUUUGGUUCUAGUUGUUAUGAACAUCAAAGAGUUUAUACCUACAUCCAGUCCAGGUUCUACCGAGCACCAGAGGUCAUCCUAGGCUCCAGGUAUGGGAUGCCUAUCGACAUGUGGUCCCUGGGCUGCAUUCUGGCUGAGCUGCUGACCGGUUACCCGCUGUUGCCAGGUGAAGACGAAGCCGACCAGCUGGCCUGCAUCAUCGAACUACUGGGCAUGCCCAGCCAGAAGCUCCUUGAUGCCUCCAAGCGAGCCAAGAACUUUGUGUCAUCCAAAGGUUACCCACGGUACUGCACCGUCACCACGCUGCCUGACGGCACCACUGUGCUGAAUGGUGGGCGAUCACGGAGGGGGAAGGUACGCGGCCCGCCGGGCAGCAAGGACUGGAGUGCAGCGCUAAAGGGCUGCGAUGACCCACUGUUCCUGGACUUCCUCAAACAGUGUCUGGAGUGGGACCCGACACUCAGGAUGACGCCCAGCCAGGCACUGCGCCACCCAUGGCUGAGGCGGCGACUUCCCAAGCCGCCAGCAGGAACCACCACCACGGGGGAGAAGACCUCGUCGUCCAAACGAGGCACCACCGCCUCCGAUGGUGCCAUCACCUCCAUCUCCAAGCUCGCCACCACCUCCUCAACGGCCACAUCCUCCUCCUCCAAAACCAGGACUAACUUGGCAGCGAUCACUGAUGCCAACGGAAACAUCCAGCCUAGGACAGUUCUGCCCAAACUAGUCAGCUGAGAGUGAAUGCACCCUGCUCGCUGUGGUGGGACAUGAAAGAUGUGCUCAUAAGCAGCCGCAAGCAACCAGCUGGACCUGAAUAAAACUGGUUUGUCCAGUUUUGAAGAGUGUUUGGUUUUUUCACACUGGUUUUCACAGCGUUGUUGGGGUGCGUUCAAGACAAAUACAGUCAUGGAAGCUUUGCGUUGGUUUGCUAAAAAGUGCGGAAUGGCUAGGCUGGGAUGUAAGGUGAGCUGAAGGAAACUUGAUUGAUAAACUGGGGUGCGUUCAGACUCCUCAAGUUCUAAUUCCUCUCUGAAGAAGACAAUUUGUUUUACAUUGUGAGCAGCACGACGUGUUUUGAAAUGAUUGUGGGGAUGCUCAGACAAUCAAAACACACCACACCACUCUGUAGCUCCAAACACACAAACACAACAUACUCAGAAAAAACAUGGUGCUGACGGAGGGAACAAGGCUUUUUGAUUUUUAGCACAGAAUCUAUUUAGCUGAGCUUAUAGCCGAUUAGAGACCGAAAACAAAUUCUAUUGAUUUUAGUCUUACAAGGUUAUAUCUGGCAGACAAUAGUAGGGACUCAUAGAAAAGAAUUAUGUGGUAAACUGACAAAUAAGUCAGAUAUAACCUUAUAAUACUAAGGUUACAGCUGAAAAAAUGCAAUGAUUAGCUUGCUAGUCUUUGUUUCAUAUCUCUAUGAAAUAACUAAUUUUGUGUUACGUUUGGGGAACAUUAGUGGGCAUUUUGUCAUGAUUUUUGACUUAAAUGACAACACAUUUAAUCAAACCAUCUACCUGUUAGCUGGCUAACUUUCUUAGCGAGCUGUUGUUUUACAGUGUGUUACCAUGCUAGCGUUGUGCCUGUCAGCUAGCUCACUGUUAACUGGCACUGGUUAGUUGUUCGACAGCUAUUUGUUUGUGUUUAGCUGUCAAAUUGCUACCUAUUUACACCUUUUAACUGGCUAGCAGUUAGCCUAGCAAACUUUAAAUCAGUCAGCUAGCUAUAGCUGGCUAACUAUUUGCCUUUUUUGGCAGUCUGGUGGCUAGCCUUAGCCUCUUUUAGCCAUAGCCUGUUAGCUCUCCACUGCCCAGCCUUACGAAGCACAGACAGAAUGACAAUGUUUUUUAACUCCUCAGAAUUACAUUUUUUUUUUUUUUUUAGUGUUUUAAGUUUUAUGAAGGUUAUCAGACAGAGGAAAGAGAUGAAGGAGGAGGAAAAAAGACCAGAAAAGAAAAUUUGGGUUUGAGUUAUUCAGCACCAUUUUGUUCCCUAUUUAAUAAACCAAAUCUGAUUAUUAAUAACACAAAAUGGCUGCUGAAAGAGCUGUGAAGAGAAAAAAGAAAGUAGACUGAAGGUGGUUAUAUGGACGAGUAAUUAAACAUUUUAAAAUCAAAGGGCUCUUAUAUUUAAAAAAAAAUGGGAGUGUUAGAAACCAAAGUCUUGUUUAUAUGAACGAAAAAAACAUGAAACUGUGGCUGGAGAAUAGUAUUUAUUUAAUAUAGUUUAUAUUUGGUCAGCUGGCAUUUAAAUACAAGAUUAAAAUAAAAUGAAUUUCCAAGUCUUUUGUCACUGACAGACUACUCCUGAGUUUUAGUAGUAUUUUAAGGACUAUAUGUUAGGCAUUGGCAUGGUAACCAAAUUCCAGGCAUCAGGAAAAGACUUUCAGCCACGCAUAAGUCACAUGACACCGAAAUAACCUCGGUAAAGUCACCACAUAGAGUAGUAUUUGUUUAGAUGACUGAAGUUCUUUAAUGUGACUUGAGCUGAGCAGCAGCAGCAGCAGUAGCCGGACGGUACCUCACAUAGGGGCCCUGUACAGAGAAAUGCGAGUCUUCAGUCGUGUUUUAGGACUACAGACUGUAACACUGUGUGACUGUGCUGUUACUCUGAAGAGGUCAGCUGUUUAUGUAGAGGGAUACCCUUCUGGCUUCAGCGUGUAUGUGUGAACGAUGCAACAGUUACCCAGGAUUUUUUUUCCACAGUGAUCAUCAAGCGCUUCAUCAGGACUUUACUGCUAGCAAGGGUGAAGAUUGGGACUAGAAAUUGCAAUGAAUUUGGAAUAAAAGCCUCCAGGUAGAAUCACUUCAGCCGACGCCGCAACUAACACGAUGAUAGAGUGUUAGUUUUAUUCCUGUUGCCCACUGCUAGCUUGGCGGGAUGAAAGAAAUAAUUAUCAGAAUAUCCUCCCUGUGAUGCAUUAACGUUUGCUUCCGGCACUGUAAUCUCAGCCUCAUUUGAAGGAAGUACUUUGCCUUUAUCUGUUGUGACUGGGCCCAGAUGCUACCGAAUAACAUUGGUUCAUACAACAGCUGAGGCGCAAGAUUGUCGUAUAAAGUGUUUGGAGUAAGACAGCAGCAGUACAGUGUAAGAUUGCAACAAAAUGUGAGACGAAAUAAUCCUAAAAACCUAAAAAUGAGCAGAUACAAUAAUGUUCAGACCAGCAGCAACUCUGUGAUCAGUCAAACUGACUGGUAAUAUAUUCAAUGGAUCUAUCCGUGUGAUUGAGGCAGGGAGGGGAGGGGUGUUAGAAGAUGCUUCUUAUUUAUUUACUACACUUUAAUUAAUAUUUAUUAAUCUAACCUACUAUGAUGUGCAGUUCAUACCGUAAACUUGAAUGUGUGCGUGUUGAGUGUAUGUAGCAGUGUGUAUGUGCAGUGUCGAUGUCACGAGAGGUUUUCUUAAAGCCUGUUCCCUCACACAAACACACGUACAUCUACAUAGACACAGAACUGUAUCUGAACGCACUCUGAAAAUCGGGUCACACUGGGACAAGGAUGAAGAGGAGGAGGAGGAGGAGGAGGAGGAGGAAGAAGAUCCCGGGGUUGGACGUGUGCGCCGUCAGCCCAGCACCUGUGUUGUAAUGUAGCACAUGAGAAGUGGACGACAGUGACGUGAUGCACAGAAGGAACUUCUAAUGUAAAACACAGACACUACCUGCUCCGCCCAUCUCAGGGGAAGCGCUGCCCCCUCUUGAAAGAGGAGGAGGAAGUGGUGGUGGUGGGGGGGGCGGUCCUCUUUGAUGUUUUUGUUUGUUUUCUAAAGAUUUGAGUGGUUGGUUGGUUGAUUGUGUUUUUUAAUUUUUUAUGUUUUUUUUAGUGAGAAGGAGUGCUGAGUCGUAACUUUGUGCCUUCGGUAUCUCAUUGCCAUGCCAUGCCCCCCACACACACACACACACACACACACACACACACACACACACACAUAUGGUGGCAAUGUCAUGGCAACAGUCACUAAUUUUGGUGCAACUCACAAUGUUAUCCUAAAGGCUCGUGUUAUCCCACAAAGCUCCACUAAUCAGAUGAAUUCAAUUGUAGAUCUUUAACAGUGCUGUAAAAGUAUAUUUAAAUCAGGGCUGAGUAGAUUACUUGAUUUCAAAUACUGAAGGUUGCUUCGAAUACCCUCACAGCCCAGAUGAAGCACCCUCACAAGCAUCCUAAAUAAUUCUUCAAAAGUACGGCUGAAACUGAUAAUUUUCUUGAUUUAACUGAUUAGUUGUUUUGUCUAUGAAAUUUCAGAAAAAUGUCACAAAAAAAAAAAACCCUGUUAUAAUUUCCCACAGCCCAAGGUGACAUCUUUUAGGUGUUUUGUUUCGUCCAACCAGCAGUCGGGAACCCCUAAAAUGUUCAGUUUACUCUCAUGAACAACAAGAAAAAAGAAUAAAAAUCCUCACAUUUGAGAAGCCUGAACAAGCGAAUGUUUGGCAUUUUUACUUAAAAAAUUAAUGAAACAGUUAUCAAAAUAGUUGUUAGUUUCCGUCAACUAACGAUUAAUCAACUAAUUGUUGCAGCCCUAGCUGCAACUAUUAAAGUGUAUUGAAAUUGUAGUGACACUGGCUGUGUUUAAAAUCAACAUGAAUUUCAACCGAAAAAAACAAAGCAUUCCAGGAGUUGGAAGCAGAAAAAAUUGUUUAAACAUCAUGUUAAAAGUAAAUGACACGUUAACAAUAAGAAGUCAGGUUUAUUCAGAGGUUGGUUAAGACAGUGCCAACACUUUUCGGGUUUCUGUUGAUGGGAUAUGAAAUGAGUGGCCGUGGUCUAAAUGGAUAAUCCAGUUUAGUUCCUGAGCCAAUUUAUAUGCAAAAAAAUAUAAUGAAAUACAGGCUAGAAUAACAAGCAGGAUGUUGGAUACUCAACCAUCCCAGUUGUCUUGAAUGCAGCAUGAAUAGCUGACGGUAGCUCAUCAUUAGAUGUUAAAUUGUAAUUAUGAGAUAAGUCGGAAUUUUGCCUUUUUUUUUU